AUGACGCUUAUUCAAAGGAGCGAGGGUGUGCCUGAUAGCAUGGACGGGCCAGCUAAAGAAGACCGAAAGUCCUCGCGACCAGUGAGGAACAGGCGACAUACACGGCGAUGUCUCGUCUCUGGACAGCGCCCCCAGAAACGACUGUUUACUCCAGAAAUUAAACGCUACUUAAAGGAUUGGCUUGUUAGACGGAGAGAAAACCCUUACCCUAACCGUGAGGAAAAAAAGAUUUUAUCUCGAGAAACAGGACUGACAUAUAUACAAAUUUGUAACUGGUUCGCAAACUGGCGUAGAAAACUCAAGAAUGUCAAUGCUGAAAGAAACCAACUAACCUGGGGUCACCUAAUUCGUACUUACAAUGAUCGUGCGCAAGGGAAUGUUGAGCAGUUUAGCAUCUGUUCUGAUGACAGCAUUUGGAGUGAACAAGAGUCACUAUCGCGUCGUGAAUCGAGUGAGAACAACGAACAGGAAAGUCCAGAUAUAAAAACGGACGACUCAGGAUCUACAGCGUCAUUUGAUCAUGGUUUCAAUAACAAUUGCAAUGAGAUUGACACGAAUUUUUCCAAUUGUUCAAUUGAAAAGACGAGCAGUCCCGUGUUAUUAACUAAAUGGUUGGAGAGCGCUGCUCGUUUUAAGCCAAGUGAAAGUAACUAUUCCUGGUGGCCUGAAGGAAGGCGAAAAAAAUCAGAUUCAAAACAGCGUAUUACCAUAAACAAUUUUGAACAUGACAGAGAUGAAGUAGAAGCCGCCGUAGCACUUACUACUUUAGCUUCCAGCCGUAUUGGAGCAUAA